UUCGAAGUUUCUCGAAUACAUUCGAAACGUUUUGUUCAGUUUUAAAUCUGUAAGAUCUUUUAACGUUCAGGUGCCAGAGACGACAAUCAUGGAUGAUUGUGAAGAGAGUGAGGCACGCAAUCGUUCACCUGAUGAUAAGGUUUUUCCAAGACUCGGUAUUCUCCAAAUUCUUGGGGAAAUAAAUCAAGAGCAUGAGAAUCCACCUUCAACUCUUUCUGAUUCUGUUCUAAGUUUGGAGAAUAGAAUGCUUGAGUCUACCCAUGACACAAUGAUAACAGAUGCUGCUGCUUCAAUUGAACCUUUGGAACUCCUUGUGGAGAAAAUAGCUGAGUCUACUCAUGAGGUAAUGGAAACAGACGCUGCUGCUUCUAUGAAACCUCUGCAGGACAAAAAGGAAUUGGGAGACGAGGCUGAUAUUAUUGAUGCCCAUGUGCAUGGAAAGGUUGAGCCUAGCCAUGAGGUCAUGGAAACAGACGGCGCUGCUUCUAUGAAAACUCUGCACGACAAGAUAAAUUCUAAAUUUCAUGCAUUCGAAAUGCAGUCAGUAUCUUCGAAGUAUUUAGAACAUGUUUAUUUGCACUCUAUUUAAUGUAGGUUGUUUCUCCCCAGAAAGAAUUGGGAGACGAGGCUGAAAUUAUUGAUGCCCAUGUAUAUGGAAAGAGAUUGAAAAAGAAGUCGGCCAGUUUGAAGUCUCCAUAUACAGCGGACGAGAGGAAGAAAAAGAAAGCCAAUGAACUCUUAUCUAAGCCGCCAACUAAAGGAGAUCUUUUGGAAUUUAAGAGCUUCAUCGCAGAAACAAUUAAAACUGACAGCCCUGUACAAUGCUACCUCGAGCAGCACAAGGAGCAUGAGGAAUAUGUGAAAACCUGGUGGACUGACCUUAUCACUCCGGGUCUUUGGGUAGCGGAUACUCAUAUGAGUGAGUACCUUUACGUCCUGAGAAGACGUUUAUGCAAUGACGAUGGAGACUCUGUCAUUGCGCCUUUUGAAUUCACAACGUACAUGAACUCUUUUGCACAUGACCCACAAUGGCCUGUUUUGUCGAGACCCAUUGAAAAGAUUGUGGAUGGUACAUACAGCGAGGGGCAGGAAGCAUUUAAAACCAAAGCCUGGAAAAAGAACACUAAGUACGUAUAUUAUUUGAAAGCCACGGGUACACAUUGGUUCUGUGUCAAGGCUGACUUUGAGAGGUGCUGCCUCGUCGUGCUUGACUCCCUUUCUGGGAUAUCUACGAAUGAGGACAUGCAUCAUUUGCUGAAAGAUGAACUUAAAGGGUUUUCAGGCAUGGCUGGAAUUAAAGAAAUUGGAAAGCACAGAUAUGCCACUUGGGAUAUCGAAUUAUGCCCAGUACCCCAACAGAAUAAUUCUGACUGCGGCAUCUUCGCGGUAAAAAUGUUAGAGUUGGGAGCACAACAUAAGGAUUUUAAAUCUUUAGAGAAGAUGACAAAAGAAAAGAUGGCCAACAUGCGUUUAGAAAUUUCUUACUACAUAUGCAAGGAAUACCAUUGUAGAAACAACAAAUAAAUUCUGUGGUAGAUA